CUGCAGAGUGCAGAGUGCAGAGUGCAGAGUGCAGAGUGCAGAGUGGUGAAUCGAAGCGAGCAAUGAGGUUCCUUCUCCGCAGGCACCUCUGGCAUUUCUCAGCGUCCCCAGCUCGCACGCUUCUGCUUCGGCUCCGAGCGUGCGAGCUGUCAUCUUCUCCUGACUGCUCCCGAAACGUGAGGGUUUCGGUGUGGUGGGAUUUCAAGAACUGCGACGUUCCCGCCGGCGUAGACCCAUCGAAGGUUGCCCCCGCAAUCACCAAGGCCCUUAGGGCCAACGGGAUCAAAGGCCCGCUUCACAUUACCGCUUUCGGCGAUGUUCUCAUGCUCUCCAAGCCCAACCGGGACGCACUCGCUAACACCGGCAUUCAAUUCACCCACGUUCCUAAAGGUGGAAAGAAUAGUGGCAACAUUCUUGUUGAAAUCAUGUUUUGGGUAUCCCAAAAUCCUCCACCUGCACAUCUAUUUCUGAUAUCUGGUGAUAGAAGUUUUGCCUGCAUAUUACACUGGUUAAGAAUGAAUAAUUACAAUAUCUUGCUUGCUAGUCCAAAGAAGGCUUCUGGUGUUCUCUUUAGUGCAGCAACUAUAAUGUGGCAAUGGUCUUCAUUGCUUAAGGGAGAAAACCUUUCUGGAAAACAUUUCAACCAUCCUCCUGAUGGUCCAUUUGGUUCUUGGUAUGGAAACUUUAAGGUGCCACUUGAAAACCCAUUCCUCGCUGCUGAGCCAUCUACAUCUUUACAGAAUGUGGAGAUCAAUGAACCUUCCUUAGACUUAAAGUCAGGUGCAGUUUCAAAGUCACUUGUACGGCAAGUUAAGCAUAUAUUGAGUUCACAUCCAAAAGGGAUCUCCAUUACAGAUCUUCAUGCAGAGUUGGCAAAGUGUGAUGAGCAUUUGGAUAAAAGUUUAUAUGGAUUUAGAAGCUUUUCACGUUUUCUAUUAUCAAUUCCACACAUACAGCUCCAGCCUUUAGGGAGUGCUAAUUUUCGAGUAUUUUUGCUUGCAUCAGAGUCCCCUGAACCUUUUGACAGCAGUGUUGUCCCAUUAACAUCAUCUUCUGUUAAGAAUGAGGAGAGAGGGGGAUAUGCGGAUGGUACUCCCUCAAAUGCCACUUUCCGUGCAAGGAGUAUGAAUGAUGAUUCAAAAUCAUUCCAACCAGUCCCUUCGCAAGGCAAAACCAUUGGAGAAUAUGUGGAUGGUAAAUCAUCAUUUCCUUCAUCGGUUGAAAGACAUGAAUUUCAGCCCCAAAAUGAGUUGCAGAAAUAUUCUCUGGCUAGUGAGAAGGUUGCGGAUGUGGCUGACGCACAAAUACCUAAGAUUCAACCGCCAUCCAUGGAAAACAAAUUUUCCAAAACUAAGAUUGGUUCCUUAAAAACUAGAUCUAAAAAGUCAUCUGGCAAUGACAAUUUUAAGUCUGAGGAUGCAAGUCAUAAAAUUGUAGAAAAACAUACCACUUCAGGUAGUCACUGUGCUGGAAAUGAUCACACAACAGUGGAACACAAUGGUAUUGCAAAUUAUGACUUGGGAAAUUUUAAAGCAAAGAACAAAUGUGAGAAUCCAACUAAGGCUGAUGAAGUUUGUUGCAGCCCAUAUUCGUCACCAGUUGAUAAGAAUCUGUCUGAAAAAAGAGUUGACGGAAUUGCUGAAACUUAUAACAAAAGACCAACAUUCUUUAGAUGGAUUAGAAGUUGGUGGCCAUUUUGGAGAAGCAACGCAAAGUUUGAUGAUUUGGAUGCUCAUCAGAACAAGGUAGUUAGUCAUUUGGAGGAUUCUAAGUUAUCUGAAAUGGACCAGACUGUUAGUCAUUUUGAAGAACCCAAGGUAUCAGAACCAGACCAGAAUGUUAUUCAUUCUCGGAAGCCUGAGUUGUUUUCUAGUGUCUCCUUUUGGAAUGAUUUGGAAUCUUUUAUUUUCACGCCCAAAGGAUCACUUAUUGUUUCCCAGUCAAAAAGCAGGGGGGAUAUGGCACAUAAAUUACAAAAUGAUGGACCCCUCGUUCUUAGAUCUCUCACUCGAAAAGAUAUCAUUCAAUUGGUGGAAUUGUUAACAGCAGAGAAAAAGUGGUUGGUGGAGAUCUCCUCUGAAGCAUUUCCCUUUAGGUUAACUCAAUCAGUUCAGAAGAACUCAUUGAUGGAUCAAUCCCAUGGUGCAAAUGGCUUGAGAUCUGUCUUUCUGAGCAAACUGUCACAGUCCAAGUUGCAAAAGUCAUUUGAACAUGAUGUGGAGAAACACAAUCAGAGUAUUCCACAUACUAGAGUUUCCACAACUGCCUCCGAAAUAAAGUAUACUGAGAGGUCUAGAAAUGAUAUAUUAGAAGAUUGUCAGAAACUUGUAAAUGAGAUAUUGAGGGAACACCCAAAGGGAUAUCGUAUCAGUUCUUUUCCAAGACUGUUUGUUGAUAGGUAUGGUUAUCAUCUUAAUUUACAGAAGCUUGGUUAUAAAAAGUUAGCAACCUUACUACAGAUAAUGCCAGAUGUUAAAGUAGAUUCCACUUAUAUUUUUCCUUCUAGUCAUGCUGUUAGUGCUUCUGAUGGGGAAACUUCUAUCCUCAAAACUGAAAACUUUAAAGAAACUUCUGUUCACGCAGUCUCAAAUUCAGAUGGUGAAUUAUCUGAUUCACCACCAAAAGAUGAUAACAUGGAAUCUCCAUGGCAGGAAUUAGAUCGUGCUUCUGUCAACAAUUCCCACCAGAGUAAUAUGGAGUCAAAAUUAAGUCAGAAAGUCAAAAAACCAGAAUACAUCAAAGGUUCCUGUUUAUGAACCUAUUGUCUCAGAUUAUGAGUUUUCUGAAUCUGAAGGAGAUUGCUCUUAUUUAAUUCGAUCUGAAAAGCAAGGAAAGCCAAAAUGUGAUGAACAAGACAGUUCUUUCUGGCAAGCUCUGGAUUUGUGGCACAGCAGUAAGGAAAGAGAGAAUAGUGUCACGAAGUUGGACAAUUAUGGUGACUCGAGGAAUACUUUGGCGGAUAUUUUAAAUUCAUCCACCGAGUCUAUCCAGGGUACCCUUUCCAUAGACCCUGCAGGGAAUUAUAGGCAAAAAUCUCAGAAGAACUAUUCAUUUGUUGCUGACCCAGGACUGUUACCUGAGAAAGACAGACUGGUUGAUGGGAUAUUAAAUGGCCUCAACUCCCUCAAGAAAGCAGAUAAGUCAAAAAUGCAAAACUGAGGAGUUCCUUGUGUGAACUUUACCUAGGUCCUGGUCUCCUAGAAUCCCAUUAAUCUGGGAUUCCCAUCAUUCAUGGUUACACGGAUAGGAACUGUACAACUAGAUGUUGAUUAGUUCUUCAUAACGAUGAAUUGCAGUUUCGUCUGUUAACAGCCUGGUCUGGUUUGCUUAUUGCAAUACCAUUGUUGGGUCUCAGGUUCUAGAUAUGACAUACCCUGAAGGUCCAAACUCUUCAUCCAAACCAACAAAAGAAAAAUGAAUUACAGUUUCAGGUGGCCAUGAUACUGGCAUUUAAAUUGAGGAUGAUUCAGUUGGUUCCAGGUUGCAGUUAUGGAAAUUCUGUGUUUAAAUAUUCAUUUAUGAUAUAACUACUGGAACUGUUGAAUAUUGGUUUUUUACGUGCUGUCUUGAUAUCUGAUCAUACAUAGUAUGUCAAUGGGUCAUAAGACUUUCAAAGGAGCAUGAGCCGUACGAGACGGUAUCUGCUUAAUUCAUUCAAGGGCCUGUAUCCUCUUGUUUUCUUUCCUCCUUUUUCUGGUCAACGGGCAAUUCCGCUACCAUUUUGUCAGGUAAGGAAUUUAAGAUGACUCGCAAUUCUUAAUUCUUUUUUUAGUUAAAGUUUUAUUUGCAACUAUUGAUAAUUCAAUUAUUUGUAUUUUGUAGCUUAAAGUAUCCCGUUUAACUUUUAACUUUUAAAAUCUUGUAGAAAUCAUCUAAUGAGAAUGUUGUACUACUUUUUUAAAUUAGUCAAUUUGAAUAAUAAUGUUUGUAUGAUAUGGCAUAGGGGUGACUCUUUUUUUCGGUGGAUUUGGAUUCUCUAUUGUAAAAU